AUGUCAACCGAGAAAACAAGUUUAAGGCGAUAUAUUGAGGAACUUUCUUCGAAAAAUACUGAUUAUAAAUUUCCUAAACAAGCAAUUAAUCAAGCAGAAUCAUUAAAAUCUUUAUCCAGUGAUUUAUACACAGAUAAUAUACGAUUUAUUUAUGAAUUAAUACAAAAUGCUGAUGACGCUGAAGCGAAAAAUGUUAUUCUAGCAAUUAUUGAUAACAACUAUUUAAUGAUCGCUCAUAAUGGAAAAGUAUUCGACGAAAAGGAUAUACAAGGUUUAUGUGAUGUUAAUAAUGGAACAAAAAAGAAAGAUUCCGAUAAAACAGGUUACAAAGAUUUAGGAUUCAAAGCGGUUUUUGGAAAAUCCGAUAAAAAUAAACAAUGGGGAACCGAAGAUCAACAAAAAUGGGAAAAAGAAAAUGAUCGACAAUUUAUUUAUCCGUGGCAAAUUAAUCCUGUGUGGACAAACGAAAAUGAAAUUCCAAAUUGUAUAAAAGAUAUUCUUAGUUCAUAUAAAAAACAAAUUCAUGUAGCUAAUUUUAUUUUAUUAAAUCAUGUUGAAGAAAUCCAUUUGGCUAUUGAACAGUUAAAGCAACAACUCUAUAUGUUUCUUUUCCUAAGAAAUAUUUCUGAAAUGAAAUUUUUUAUUAAAUCAACUGAUACAAUAUUAAUAGCACGUGAUUUAAAUUAUGGUUUAAAACGAGUAUAUUUUAAUCAAAAGAUUGUUUCAUCAUGGUUAAUAAAACGUUUUCAAUUAAAUGUUCCAAAUGAUGUACAAGAAAAAUUGAAUAAAGAUUCCAAGACUCCAGAAAAAUUACGUUUUAUAAAAAAAGCUGAAAUGUUUUUCCUUGCGAAAUAUAGAGAUUCAAUAACUGAUCAAGAUGGAAUAGUUAUCAAUCCUGGUGGUAUAGAAAAAUUACGUGAUCAAGAUUCAAUUCUCUUUUCUUAUUUGCCAACAAAAAUUUUUGAAUAUAAAUUUCCCGUUUUAAUAAAUGCUAAUUUUUUAACAAAUGCAAAUCGAGAGCAAAUACACACAGGCAGUGAAAUAUUUCAAUGGAUAAAAGAAUUAGUUAUAGAUGAUAAAUUUCAAUUUCAAGCUUACCGACUUAUUCCAUUGAAAUUAAAUUUAACAAAUAAUAUUUUAUCAAAACAAUUCAAUGAAUCGUUUGAGAUGGCUAUUACACAGUGUAAUUUUAUUCUCAAUAGAAACAAUCAAUUAUUAAAAGUUGAUGAAGUUAUUAUGGAUUCAACAUCAAUGUCUAAACAAACAUCUUUUAUUUCAAUCUAUUCAAUGCGUCAAUAUAUCAUUGACCACUAUAAAGAUAGUGUUUUUAAAUGUGCUGAUCAAUCAUUUAUUGAUUACAAUUCAAACUUACAUCGAGUAGGUGUUAGACAAUUUACUUGGCACAAUUGUAUUGAAAUGUUUAAAUCGGAUAUUUUUCUCAAAACGCAUUCAAUUGAACAAAAUAAACGAAUGAUUGAAUAUUUUUAUAGCAAAUGCUCAAAGCUUGGGGUAGCGUCGGAACUUGCAAUACACAUUGAACAAAUUCCAUUUUUAAUGAAUCAAAAUAAUCGUUUACGAUUAUGCAAAGAUAUAUUUUUUCCCGCUGAAACAAUUGGAGAUAAUACAACAAUUGAUUCUAAUGAUUUAUUUGUUAAUAAAAUAAUAUUUGAUUGGUUAAAUGAAAUUGCACCUGAAGAAAUAAAAGAAUGGUUACAAAAAUUGGGUGUUAUCGAACGAACUGAUUUAACAUAUUUAUAUAAAACAAUUAUUCCAAAUGCUUCUAUUUAUAUUACAAAACAAAAUGCAAUAAAAACAAUAGAAAUGUUAUUUAGAUUAUUUGAAAAGAAUGCUAUUAGUAAAAAAGAUCUUGAUCAAUUGAAAAAAUUAAAAUUAAUGACAACACGUCAAACAUUAAUACCAGCUGAGCGAUGUUUUUUUUUCUGA